AUGGCCCUUGAACUGCUCCCAAGAGCAGGAGCGCAAGGGGCAGACCCUACGCAAUCCCUCAAUGCAGCAUUGGAGAAUUUUCAGAAUACAUUGACAGAGGAGCAAAAACGAGAGUUCCAAAAAAGCACCACGACACCAGAUAUUGCGAGCGUCAUAGAGUUUGUCGCAGAAAUCGAUGCUAGAAAUAGCAGAAUGAGGACGCCCAUGGCUCCACGGCUAUGUACCUUCUUAGACGCAGCGCAACAGUUCACCGGUAUCGUGGACACAUUUGUUAGCUCUAAUCCGAUAAUCGCCGCCCUCGUCUGGGGAGGUGUAAAGACUGCUAUAUUGACGGCGAGCAAUGUGGCCUCUUACUUUGACAAAGUCACGAGCAUGAUUAUGCGCAUCGGCAAAUAUUCUCCGACAUAUCAAAAGUUUGGCCUACUCUAUCUCGGCUGUAUUGGCCUUCAACGUGCCCUUUGUGAUUUCUACGCCAUCAUCAUUAAUCUAUGUGUCAAGAUUAUCGAAGUCUCCCGUCGAACCGCCCUCAAACAAAUUCUUUCGUCGAUACGAGGUCCCUUUGAAUCCGAGUUUAAGCCAUUCCUAGAUCUGCUAGAAGAAGCUACACAUAAGAUAGACCUGGAGGUAUCACUCGCAUCAAAGCAAGCAGACCAGGAAGCGAAAAAGCUACUAGAAUAUGAAAGUCAACAGAAUUCAGAAUUCCGACCUUUGGCCCGAAAGUUCUACCAAAAAUCACUGAAACAACAAGCCGAGGCAAGCGAGUGGCGAAUGAAAUUAAAAAGAAACGAAAUGGCAAAAUUGAAGACAAGCAUUCGAAACAACCUUUCUCCUAUCGACCAUGACCGUCCUUGGAAGCAGGCCUUGAAUCGACGGGUUCCAACCACGGCUGAGUGGCUUCGCAAGGAGUUGGUCUUUGAUAAGUGGAAGGAAGAUCCGCAAACCGCAAUACUCUGGUGUCUAGGCACUAUAGGCAUGGGCAAGACAGUGCUUAUGUCUAAGGUGGUGGAUCAGUUACGGUUACGUGUGGCCCGCAAAAGCAAUGAGAUCUUAUCCUACUACUUCUGUCGCGUCGACAAUGAGACAUCUUUAUCUGCGAGGAGCAUUUUUGGAAGUCUUGCUCGUCAAAUCCUCAAUACUCAGAUUGAGCAAAGCGAAUUUGAAACUCUACUCUCCUUACAGAAGACCACCCGGGGUCUUGGCACCACUGAGGUCGUUCAGUUCCUGUUAUCUCAUCUGGAGGCCGGUAAGGGUAAGAAGUACUAUGUUAUCCUGGACGGACUGGACGAAUGUGACGACAAGCAGGUUCAAGCGGUGGCACAGGCUAUAGUUGAGCUCUGCAGCAACUAUAUUGGCUUCAAAGUCCUCUGCGCGGGCCGACCUGGUCUUGAAAAACGGUUCAAAUCGACCGUACCGCAGUAUAGGAUCAUGGUGAAUGAAAACAAGGUCAAGUCGGACAUGUAUCACUAUAUUAUCAACACUUUGGAUGAGUGUCUGGAUGAUGGGAGUUUGACUCUUGGGGAUCCAACAAUUAUAACAGAGAUACGCAACACUUUAAGGGACAAAGCUGACGGAAUGUUCCUUUGGGCAAGUCUUUGCAUUGAAGAGCUUUGCGCACAGAAUUGUGAUCACGACAUCCUGGAAGCACUGAAAAAUCUUCCACAUAGCUUGGCUGAGCUCUAUGAUCGAAAACUUCGUCGUGUUCGAGAGGGAAGGGCGGCCGGACAGGCAAUGAAACUCCUACAAUAUUGCGGGGCAGUGAAGCGGCCAUUAACAGUUAUGGAAUAUCGAGAAGCCCUUAGUCUUUCCCUCGAGCAAAAGGCCCUUGACCGCGGAAAGGUACCGAACGACAUGGAUAGGAUCAUCAAUGAUUGUUACGGAUUCACAUUCGUUGAUGAAGAGGAAGACACUAUACACUAUGUUCAUCGUAGUGUGAGAGAAUGUCUUUUUAUCACGAACGGUCCACACACAGCGCAAUUCGACACGGCGAGCGUCGACCGGCAUCUUGGAUUCCUUUGCAUGACGUAUCUGGAUUUCACCAACUUCAAGCAUCAGUUAACGAAAGUCAAGAAUGGUUCCGGUACUCCUAUCCAGCCUCUUCAGCUCGGUACUAGUACUCUACCCAUCCGCUCUGCUAGGAGUGCUACCAGCCAGAUGGCCCGAAAGCUUCUUUCCGGUCAUAUCCAGCUACAACAUUUCAGCACUCGAGAGGUAGAGAGGACGGCGCAAGCAAUAUUUGAAGACGGAAGUUCUUCCAAACUGGAGCUGGAACUCCAAAAGAAAGAGUUUCAGUUUCUCAAUUACGCCAGGGCUUACUGGCUCAAUCAUUUGACUGAUUUGACUCCGGAUAUGAACAGUAAUAUGUGGGGAUUGUUUUGCCGGUGCAUAGAAGGCGAUGAUGUUCUUGCAUACAGACCAUGGGAGUCGGAGCAGCAGACCGACAGCAAGAGAAAGGGUAUACCAGAGGCUAUGCAAUGGUUAUUGACCCAUGGACAUUCCGCAUUACUUUCAUACUACGCAAAACAUCAGUCUCGCCAUUUGACGGAGAAUGUGAAGGAUGAGAUCCUUCGCAGCGCUGACAUUCACAAUCGUUAUCGAUACACCGAGGCACUCGUCCGCCUUGACAAUACCGACAACAUCUUGAAUCAUGCAUUGUUAUAUGCUGCGCUAGAUGGAUGCACUCGUUCCCUAGCAGUAUUGCUCCAAGCAGGGGUUGACAUCAAGACUCAAGUAAAUAGCAGAACAGCUCUCCAAGCAGCAGCAGGAGAAGGUCACCUUGAAAUGGUGCAGGCACUGCUAGCAGCAAAAGCAGAUGUCAACGCAUCUUCUACUAGUCAAACAGCCCUCCAAGCGGCCGCAAGUGGAGGUCACCUUGAUGUGGUGCAAACACUUCUAGUAGCAAAAGCAGAUGUCAACGCAUCUGUUACUAGAGGUGGCCAGACAGCUCUCCAAGCGGCUGCAGGAGGAGGCCACCUUGACGUGGUGCAAACACUUCUAGCAGCAAAAGCAGAUGUCAACGCAUCUUCUACUAGUCAAACAGCUCUCCAAGCGGCUGCAGGAGGAGGCCACCUUGAUGUGGUGCAAACACUUCUAGCAGCAAAAGCAGACGUCAACGCGCCUGCUAGCUAUGAUGGCCGGACAGCUCUCCAAGCGGCAGCAGAAGGAGGUCACCUUAAAGUGAUACAGGCACUUCUAGCAGAAAAAGAAAAUGUCAACGCAUAUCCCGCGACACAUGCUGGUAAAACAGCUCUUCAUGCGGCAGCAGGAAGAGGUUACCUUGAAGUGGUGAAGGCACUUCUACUAGCAAAAGCAGAUGUCAACGCACUUGCUAUUAAAUUUGGUGGCCAGACAGCCCUCCAAGUGGCCGCACGAGAAGGCCACCUUGAGGUGGUGCAAACACUUCUAGCAGCAAAAGCAGACGUCAACGCACCUCCUUUUCAAUUUGGUGGCCAAACAGCCCUCCAAGCGGCCGCAAGUGGAGGUCACCUUGACGUGGUGCAAACACUUCUAGCAGCAAAAGCAGAUGUUAACGCAUCUCCCGCUGAACGUGAUGGCAUAACAGCUCUCGAGGCAGCGCGAAAAGGAGGUCACACUGAGGUGGUGCAGGCGUUGCUAGCGGCAAGGCCGCCGCUGGAUAGGAUGUUCAAACAGGCCUAA